UGCUCCAGUACCAUAAAUACUCUCUUCUGGUCCUACACACAGCCAACACCAACAAUGGAAGACCUAAAUCCAAACAAAGCAAACUCACCUCCUUUAACACCACUUACUUUUCUUGAAAGAGCGGCCACCGUCUACGGUGAUUCUACAUCCAUCAUCUACAACUCCACCGCUUACACUUGGUCUCAAACCCACCGUCGAUGUCUUCAACUCGCUUCAUCUCUCUCAUCCAUCGGCAUCAACCGUGGCCACGUCAUCUCCGUCAUGGCCCCCAACAUUCCCGCCAUGUACGAACUCCACUUCGCCGUCCCAAUGGCCGGCGCUAUACUCAACACCAUUAAUACUCGUCUUGAUGCCCGCACAGUCUCUGUACUCCUCCGUCACAGCGAAACGAAGCUCCUCUUUGUUGAUAUUUUGUCCAAGUCUUUAAUCCUUGAAGCCAUCUCUCUUUUUCCACCAAAUGUUAAACCACCAAUUCUCGUCCUUAUUACUGACGAUGAGGUCUCAGAAUCUCUCAAAGCAUCAACAGCCGUUGACUUCACCGAUACUUACGAGAACUUGCUGAGUAAUGGUCAUCCAUACUUCAGGUGGGUCCGGCCAAAGAGUGAAUGGGAUCCAAUAGUAUUGAACUACACUUCGGGUACGACGUCGUCUCCGAAAGGUGUAGUUCAUUGCCAUAGAGGUUCGUUCAUCAUCACCGUCGACUCUCUCGUUGACUGGUCCAUUCCUAAACAACCGGUCUUCCUGUGGACCCUACCGAUGUUUCACUCAAAUGGAUGGAGCUACCCGUGGGGUAUGGCGGCAGUAGGUGGGACCAACGUCUGCCUUCGUAAAUUCGACGGGCCUACAGUCUACCGGUUGAUAAAUGACCACCACGUGACUCACAUGUGCGGUGCACCUGUGGUGCUCAACAUGUUAGCCAACUCUCCAAUCGAAAGUCAAACUCCAUUACAAAACCCAGUCCACAUCCUCACGGCGGGAGCUCCACCUCCGGCGGCAAUUCUCCUCCGGACUGAGUCAUUAGGUUUCAAAGUGAGUCACGGCUACGGUUUAACCGAAACCGGUGGAAUCAUUAUCUCCUGUGCCUGGAAAAAGAAGUGGAAUAUUUUCCCAGCAACAGAAAGAGCUAAGCUAAAAGCAAGACAAGGAGUAAGAACGAUUGGUAUGACGGAAGUAGACGUGGUAGAUACUGAGUCAGGAACGAGUGUGAAACGAGACGGGUUAUCACUCGGAGAAAUCGUUUUACGAGGUGGGUCACUCAUGUUAGGUUAUCUGAAAGAUCCGGCCAGCACAUCAAAGUGUAUGAAAGAGAACGGCUGGUUUUACACCGGCGACGUCGCUGUAAUGCAUCCAGAUGGUUAUGUAGAAAUUAAAGAUAGAUCCAAGGAUGUUAUUAUUAGCGGCGGAGAGAAUUUAAGCAGCGUUGAAGUUGAGUCAGUUUUAUAUACGAACCCCUUAAUCAACGAAGCAGCAGUUGUGGCUCGACCGGACGAGUAUUGGGGCGAGACGCCAUGUGCGUUUGUUAGUUUGAAGAAAGGCGAGUCAAUCAUAACAGAAAAGGAUAUAAUUGAUUAUUGCAGAGCUAAAUUGCCACAUUACAUGGUGCCAAAAACUGUGGUGAUUAAAGACGAAUUGCCAAAAACGUCGACGGGUAAGAUUCAGAAGUUUGUGCUUAGAGAAAUGGCUAAGGCAAUGGGGUCGUCAAAAGUGAGUCGCAUGUGACUCAAUUUAACGAGUCGGGCGAUUGUCUGGUAUGGUACAGAAAGAGUAUUAAAUGGGGUGAACGGUAAAUUAAGGUUUGGGUUUUAGUUUGUUCCAAUUUGGAAAAAUAAUUUUCCAAAUAUCUAAUAAAGGAAUAAAAUUACUCUAUAUAAUUGUCUUUUAAAAAAAAUAAAAAUACUAUCCGGAUUGUCAAUCAAGCAGUGGUCUGGUUGGUCUUGUGACUUAUGUGACCACGGUUGUUUUCACUAAUUUAGUAAGUCAAGGGAAUAGCUAUCUCCUGAUGUGUAGCCCACAAUAUUAUUUCAGUCCAUAAAAAUCUCUAAUAAAAAAAAAAUACUAUUUGGAUUA